AUGAAUCUGCUUUCCACCCUCGCCGGCGUGGCAGCUUGUGGCUCGCUCGCCUCUGCCUUGAAGCCCCCAGUCAUUGAUACUCACUACGGUACUAUCCAUGGUGGUCUUUCCCCCUUCGCCGGGGGUGAUAAAGCAUUCGUUUACAAGGGAAUCCCAUAUGCGCAGCCGCCCACCGGCGCCAACCGGUGGACCAAAGUCGGCGGUCCAAGCUACUGGGGCGAGCUCAAUGCCACCGAAUUCGGCCCACAAUGCGCCCAAUCCAUCAGCGAUGCAGGCAUCUUCUCCAGCGGCAAGAACACCACCAGCGAGGACUGUCUGACGCUCAACAUCUGGACCCCGGCAUACAAGAACCAGACCGCCCUGUCCUCCAAGAAACUACCUGUUUUCUUCUGGAUCUACGGGGGGCGUUUCGCGGGUGGCUCUGGCGAUGUCAAGACGUACGACGGCACCGGUCUCGCGCAGAAAGACAUCAUCGUGGUCACUAUCAACUACCGGCUAGGGCCCUUUGGAUACCUCGCGCACCCCGAACUGUCUGCUGAAUCAGGCACAAAUAGCUCGGGCAACUACGGGAUCCUGGAUCAACAGGCCGCUCUGCAUUGGGUCAACGAGAACAUCGCCAAGUUUGGUGGCAACCCCGACCAGGUUACUGUUGGCGGGCAGUCCGCUGGCUCGGCUAGUGCUCUCGACGCUAUGUGGAGUCCUCUGGCUGCUGGCCUUGCUGCUGGAAUCAUCGCGGAGAGCGGUGCACGCGGACCUCAUGAUCCGAUGACUGGGACGGUGGCCACUUCGUACCGGACUAAAAAGGCCGCCGAGGCUCACGGUGUCAGUUUCCUGAAGACAAUGGGGAAGAGCUCAAUAGCUGAGCUGCGAAACGCUUCGAUGGAAAGUCUUCUUGAAUACGAUAUGCUUUCUGACACCAUCUGGGAGGGAACUCCGUUCGAAAACCUCACCGACGCCUUCAUGGAGCCACCCAUGUGGCGUCCUAACCUCGAUGGCUACGUCUUCCCAGACACUUACUCUGAAGCCUUGCGCAACAACUCCCACGCCGAUAUCCCCGUAUUGACUGGAAACAACGAGGAUGAAUCCGGCGCUACCCCGACCCUCACCUACUCUCCCUCCAAGUACCACGACCUGUUCAGUAACCUCUUUGGCGACCUCUCGGACGAGUUCUUCUCUUUGUAUCCUGGGCAAAACACCACCCAGGCAUCAGAAAGCGGCAAAGAGUUCUGGAGAGACUUGUCCCGCGUGGGAACCUGGCGCUGGGCUCUUGACUGGGCUGCUGGCGGUGCGCAGGAAUCCGUGUACACCUAUUAUUUCAACCACUGGCCCGCGGAGCAAAGAUCCUCGGGUGCCUACCACGGCAGUGAACUUUGGUAUACGUUCAACAACAUCCCCUAUUCCUCGUACAGCAAUGUGACAUGGAACGCAGAAGACUACGCGGUCGAGAAGAAGAUGGCAAACUACUGGGCCAAUUUCAUUCGAACUGGCAACCCCAAUGGCAAUGGCCAGGCCGAGUGGAAGGCCUCUAAGAAGGAUGCGCAGACUAUGUGGUUGGGGGACCAGUGGGGGAUGGGCCCUAUCACCUUGAACAACAAGCGUAUUGAGUUCCUCCACAAGUGGACGUCGACUUUGCCUGCGUGGUAG